AUGAUUAUUGAUGAUAAAAUCCAAAAGAUCUUAACAUCAAAUGAUUUCUAAAGGGCAAAUGACAAAUAAAAAUUAUCCCUAUCAGAAUUUAAUGAGCAAAGUAAUAAGAGCAAUGCUACAAGUUAAUCUAAGCCAAAAAAGAGAAAAGUUGUAAAAUUGAAAAAUCAAUUGUUAUCUUCUCAUGUGAGUCCGGACAUACAGAAACUAUAUUAUCAAUCCUAGAAAAUAGAGACAGAAUAAUAAAGAGGAGCAGAGAAGAUAAUCGUAGAGGAACAGAAGCAGAUUACAUUACCAUCGCUACAAAAGAAGGAGUAAGCGAUAUCAGAACAGUCAUCUAAGACCAAUUUGAAUGAUCUGAUUAUGAGCAUCUAAGAGAUAUUCCCUUCUGAUCAUUAACUUUGGAGAGAUCUCUAAGUUGGUGAUUAAAGUAUCGAGGAUGUGAUUGUAUAGAAUCAAGAUUACUUUUCAGAUUUAUUAAGUAUGAAAUAUCUUAUAAUAAGUAUUGUAUUUGUAGGAGAUGGAGAUUCAAUCCUUGAAGAACAAGAAACUUGGAUGUAAAGGUAAAUACAGUACAUAAUACACUGAUGAUUACAAUGAUAAGUAUAUGAAAGAUUCAACAUACAUUAACCGAUGGAUUUAUGAGAAAGCAAAACAAUCAGCUUCAUUUUUAUAGAAUUCAAGCACAUAUAAUGUAAAAAAUCUUAACCAUAAAUUAGUAACAUUUUGUACCUCAAAAAUUUGAGAAAUCAGACAAUUUUAAACCUGAUCAUUUACCUAAUCAGAAUACAAUGUCAUGUUUGUCAUCCUACACAGCUAAUUAUAGAGAUUGGAAAAAGUAAUAUCAUGGUAUCAUUGGACCAUUCUAUGUAAAAAGUGAUAAGAAGUUACCCUUUAUUGCUGAGACUAAUUAUUCUCGUAAUUUUGUUACUCAGAAAUAUGAAAAACUAGAUCCUAUUAUUCCUAAACCUCUGUAUUUAAUAAAUUUAUCUCAAAUAGAGGACCAUUUCCAGUGGAAUCUCAAUCUUUGGUUCGUCAGACGACUCAUAAGGCUCAAUUCUCGUUGCCAUAGAAAUUAAUAGAGAAUUAAUCAUUGACUAGUCCUCGAAAUUUAGAGCGAAAAGGUUUUGAUGGAUAUCAACCUCACUUCAAUAAACAACAGUAAUCACCAUAAGUGAUGAAUUCGUUUGCUGAUCGAUUCUUCCAUUCUUCAGUUGUAUAGUAAUUGAUGAGAAAGAAUCAGAAACAAAUUAUCAAUUGA